CCUCGCAACAGCUGUUGUUCACAUCCUUUUAAGUUUAGUCACCUCCGGUAAACGUUUAAGCAAUCUCUAUACUCAAGUCAAAAAGUUAUGUCUACCAUUUUUUAUGUUAGAAAGGAUGUCAUUUUGGCUGAUUUAAUGAAUAGUAAUAGUUUACUACAUUAGUGGAUCAUAUUAUGAAAAAUUUUAUAAUAGGAAAAAUUUGAACAGUAUUAGCAUGAUAAAAAAUGUGAAGUAUCAAUCAAUUUACGAACUUACCCUAUGAUAAGCCAUCUCCUGCAGUAAGGCUAUCAUAUUACAUUUUUUGACUUGAUAAGGCAUUAGACAUAUCUUUUCUUUCCUGCUUUUGUACCAGUGUUAAUAUUACGACACUUGUAGUUGCCAACAUGAAAUAAUUAACUAUUUUCUCCCAGAGUCCGUUUAUAAAUGCUAUAGCAUACCAAGGUAAGAGAGCAUGGGGAUAUGUUUGCUAUAACAAAUUCACCAGGAACCUAUAUUGCAAUACUUAAGUAUAUUUAUGCUACACACUUGGCGUUGUUUUGCCAGUCAAAUAGAUGGCGGGAAAUAACGCACAGUUUUAAUGUUGUAUUUAUUUAAAACUUACAAUACCAAUCAUGACAGUAAAAGCAAAUUACUUUUCUCUUAACAAAUUUCGUUUUUCAACUUCAAAAAAAUUUAAGGGUAAAACUUUCUAAUAGCAGUAAAAAGAAAAUAUUGUGCAAAAUAACAAAAUAAAUUAUUUAAAAAUUUAUGUAUAAAAUAUCGUGGUAUCACUCCAUACCACUUGGUUAUUUUUUGCUCACUCGCCUGUGUUGAUUCUAAAGAGCUGUUUGAGAUCAUGGCAUGCCAAAUAUUUGGCUAAGUUACUUAGCUUAAAUUAGAUGCACGGUGGUCGAGUGGUCAAUACACUCGCCUCCCAUCAUGGUGACUGGGGUUUGAUUUCCGGUGGAGUUGAACCCGGAGUUUUGCAAGUCAGAAACAUGGCGGAUGUUGCAGUGGCCUGUGUGUUUUCUUGGGGUACUCCCGUUUUCCUCACCUCACGCAUUCUUCAGGCUGGCCGGAAUGACAGGACUGUUCCUCGGAGCACACCGUGCAAGCACCCGGUGGUGAUGCUGGCUGGGGUCGCAGCGGCCGACUUGGAGGCUCUCCUGGAGUUUGUGUACCGCGGGGAGGUGAGCGUUGACCCCAGCCGGCUGCCCUCGCUGCUGCAAGCAGCGCACUGCCUCGACAUCCAGGGGCUUGCCCCGGGGACUAUCAGCGCCGAGAAGCCAGAUGAGCUGAGCACAACAUUGCCGUCAACCCAUGAAGCCCUCACCCGGGACGUCAUCAACUCGUUCCUCCCCAUAAGACGACGAAAACGCACCAAGAGAAGGAACUCUACUGGCUCCGGCUCGAGCUCGGCCGGCAAGUGGCCGCGCCAGGAGGGCGACGUGGAGAACAUCGGCCUGGAGCGGCGGCACACGGUGGGGGCGGCGCUGGAGGCCGGACACGACGCCCUCUCCAUGCAGGAGAUGCCCGGCCUGCCGGAGCCUGAGCAGCGGUCCCACAGCUCCGACGAGCAGACGUACUGCCCGGGCGGGGGGAAGGUGCGCGGGGCGUCGGACCAGCCCGGGGCGUGCCCCGUGUGCGGGGCCCUGUUGCGGCAGGCUCGCAACCUGCGCCGCCACCUGCUGUCCAGCUGCAAGUACCGCGCCAUGGGGCCGAACGCCAACGCCUCGUCGCCGGGCGGAGGGGAAGGCACCUGCGAGCAGAUCGUGUGCCCCGUGUCGCCUGUCGCCAUUCCGUCCCCGCUCGCGCUGCACCACGACCCCCCUCAGGCGUGAGCGUGCCAGGACGACAGGACGUGCUUCUGAAGUGAUGAUGGCUGUGUGACGGGGAGUCUCUAAGUGCUGUGCCGUAUCUACUCAAAAGACACCAUCAAUUCUAAGGCUAUUCUUUCUUUUAAAGAAAAAUAUCCAUUUAAUUAUAAGAUACUCUUCAAUUUAAACAAAUAUUUUGUGAAUGGUGAAUAUUAAUACUGGUGCAUUUCUUUUUCUGAGUAGUUUGCUGAUUCCACAGUGAUGCCUAGCAGGUUUUGUGCAUAGAAUACAUUUAUUAGGCUGCUUAACACUUCUGCAAUAAGAGACAUAAAGAACUCGUCUUUACAUAGCAUUUGUGAAUUAUGAACAUUUUUUCCUAAAUGUGAUAUUUGACUUGCCACGUCCGAAAUCGCUCUGUUUCAUUUAUUUCCAAUGUUGAAGAAGAUUGCCUACAAAUUCAGGCAGUUUUAAGUAUUGUAAGCUGAACCCUAUUUUGAAAUCUGAAAACAAGGUAUGUCUUAGACUUGAGUGAAAUCGGUUAGUAUAAUUUGGGUAAGUAAUAUCAGUUGGAUACAAACUAAACUACUGUUUACAUUUUCAUCAAAAUUUGCUUGCAGUUGGUUAUCCAGACUGCUGUAAAAAUUGAUUGUUUAAUAAGGUUUAAGCAAAAUUUUCUUAAUAAUUCUGUAAAGUCGUGUGUUAUGAUUAUGCUGCAAUGGUAUGCCAAGAAUAUUUUCCUUACUCACAACUGAUGUACAGAUGAAAAAAAAGGUGCUCUUGAUGUACAAACAUGUUCAGUAACAUUGUCAAUAGUUUCUAUUAAAAGUACAGUAGAAUCCCGCCGAUGCGACCCCCCUCUGAUGCGUCCAUUGCGUUUAUACGACCUUUUUUUGAGAAACCGUGAAAAGUUGAAAAUUUGAGUAAAAUCGGCUGAAAAACAAGUCUGUUACACUUUGUUGGGCGCUAUGUGUUCACGUUUAUCUUGGCGAGCGCUGUACUGUAAGCAGGCAGGCAGGCAGGCAGGCAGGCAGGCAGGCAGGCAGGCAGGCAGGCAGGCAGGCAUACAUACAUACAUACAUACAUACAUACAAAAGACGGCUAAAAAUAGAAACCACCCCUCUAGACUGUCCACUCUAGCUAAUACCCCAAUGGACGACAGACGUAUUAGGUGCUUCAAGUGUGCGUGAGAGGUAAGAUAAAGAAGGUGAAGAGGGCGAGACCUGACAGCCAAUUUAUUUGUGGGAAGGGGAGAGAGAUAAAAGAGAGCAAGCCCUUCAGGCAGGGGAAGUGGUCAGGGUCGACAUUUACCGUCACACUCUCGCUAGCUAACGAUGCUGCUGGUCGCCAGCCUCACACACACACACAAACAAACGUGCGCGCGCACGGCACAUGCUCACUGCUCAGUCACAAAGUAGUGUUCAAGGCCGACAGAGAUUACCCGAGCCUGAAAAGUUUGGACAAUUUAUCCACCCAAGCCGGCCCAAAGUCAAAUUUCGCUGCCCGACCAUGCCUAACUGACACGCAUGCCUAGUGCCUAAACAACUUACUGCCUGCCCAAGUCGGCAAACACAUUUACUUUGCUACGUUCCAUCGUCAGCCAGUGAAUAGAGAUGGGUCGUAAAUUCAUAACCUGUGAUUUAGUCGCAGAUAUCAAAAAAUCGCGGUCGCAGUCUGUGAUUCACCGUACGAAGUAUCUGUGAUCAGAGUAGCAAUAUCAUCAAGCACUGCCUUGUGUGCAACAUAAUCAGGAAACUGCAAUUGCUCCCAUACCACCAAUGGACAAGCGGCUUUCAAUAAACUGUGACUGCUCUCAGACCACCAAUAGGAGGACAACUUCAGCGCCUGUGAAACUGUGAUUGCUCUCAAAUAACCAAUAGCGAUACUGCUUUUUUUUUUUUUUUUUAAGUUCUUCCACUUUCCUCCCUGCACCAAAGCACGAUCUACGCGUUCGAAGUUUGAACUAAACUGUGAUAAUUCUCAGCCUACCGAUAGAGUGCAGGUUCUGCACAAGCCACAAAAAAUUUAACUUGAUUAAUUUAACAUUUUAUACGUUGCUUUCUCUAAUUCAGUUGAUAGUUUUGAUAUACGGUAAAAUAAUCUGUUUUGAAUAUAAUUUUCAGUAUUUAAUAUUUAGACUUUCGAUGGAUCCUUCUGCUAAGAUAAGGAAAACAAGUGAUAUUUGGACGUUUUUAUAAUGUAAUUUUGCGGAAUUCAAAAUGUGUAAACAUAAUCUGUGUUGCAAAACAGCAACAGUAAAUAUAAACUAUUAGUUAUUAAGAAAGCAAUACAUUUUAUUUGGAAUUAACGACUUUAGUCAUCUUAUAGAACGACUAUUUUGCAUUAUACUGUAUAUGGUAAACAGAGGCGUUUCAUCUUGAAAUGUUAAAUAAACACGGUUUUUCCCCUCUGGCCUCUACACACUAAUUUUAAUUGUUUAUGAUUUUAAUAUUUCUGUUAAUUUUUGAGUUUAUCGACAGUGAUUUACAAAAACCAAUUUGGAAUAUGUCCUUACAUGUAUUAAAUACCAAUAUUAAUUUUAUUAGUUGAUUUUGUGACAAAAUUUAAUUUUAUAGCACAAUAAUUUAGGUAACUAUAUUAGUUUCUAUUCAUGCAUGAAGUGUGUUCUUUACCUAUAAAUAUUUUGAAACAAUACACAAAUGUCGCGUUAUGUUAAUAGAACGUGCUGUUUACUCAAAUACUUUCCAUAUUACAGCCAGUGAUGCACCGAUUAUGCAGCCGGUUAAUCGGCAACUGCGAUUAUGGACCCAAUGCCGAUUAAUCGUAAUCGGCGAUUAACAGGUUAGAUUAUAACCGAUUGCCGAUUAUUGUAAAAUUUGUUGCUGAAACCCAUACGACUUGAAAGAAAAGAUAAUACAUUUAAAGUUUAAACCUUAAUAAGUUCUUGAAUUGUAACUACAAACGGCUGAAAUCUCUUAACGAAUAUGACCGUGGAAGGUAGGGAAUGUUAUAACGGUUCGUUAUAUACAAAAUAAACAGUUCAACGCCGAUUGUAAUUUUUGUUGUUUUUUUAUUUUUUUCAAAGAGAAUGCCCCGACGAAUCCAAACACUUACAAUGGUUCAUUCAUUCGUUCCACAUGUAUAUCUGACUGUCGAAAAUUGCUCGUAGUUCGCGUGAUGAGAAUUACCGGAAAAAAUAGCGUCCUUCAGUAAUGUUUUGCUGCAAACACAUGAAGUCAGUGUGGCCUCAAACGUGGCUGCACCCAGCGAAACCGAAUUUCGCCCCGAGCCAAAUGCCGACGAAGGUGGCCGCAAUUUCUAAUUAUUGUCCGAAAGAAAAUAAAACAAAUUAGGUCGACUUAAUAUUCGGCCUGGCUCUGACCACCAACGUGAAAUUAUUCAUUAGCAAAUUACAUUAUAAUUUGGCGAGAAGCCACCGAACGCGACCUACUGGGGCAGCGAUCGACAGACGACUGGUGAAGUCCUGCCACACUCUUCUCCAUGCAGGGAGUAGACGUCACAUGACCUCACCGACCAAUCACAUGCAUGCUUCAUUCAUGCUACAGGUACAAGCCAAUCACAGAACAAGUUACAAUACAUGAAAAAACCUUGUACAUACAGAACUCUGGGCUUCCCCUGAUCUAUCUCUUUUCAAUUUCACAUCGAAAUCGGGGACUUCCAUUCUCGUUCUCUCUCCCACACCGUGAGAGAGCAGUUAUCACACAGUUCUCACGCAGGGGGGAAAUUACCGUCUUUAUCUCGGUUGGCGGGGAAGCACUGUUUCUUUCUCACUCCCACUUACAGGCCUCUCCUGCCUCUCUUUCUAACCAUCACACCAGCCCAGACACAGUCCCGUGAUUUAUAAUUAUAUUACAACACGUUAAU